CCGGCGGCGCGCAGUCCGUGCUGUGUCAGGCCGGCGCUGUCGCCAUGGCGGGUGAGGGCAGCACGUUCCGGCUGCGCUGCUCCCUGCUGGGGCACGGGCAGGACGUGCGCGGCCUCACCCGCGGCCUCUUCCCGGAAGGCAGCUUCGUGUCCGUCUCGCGGGACAGAACCGCGCGGCUCUGGGCCCCUGACGGUCUUAACAGGGGUUUUACUGAGAUGCACUGUAUGAGUGGCCACUCAAAUUUUGUAUCUUGCGUGUGCAUCAUACCUCCAAGUGACCUCUACCCUCGUGGGCUGAUUGCAACUGGUGGCAAUGAUCAUAAUAUUUGCAUUUUCACAGCUGACAACUCAGCUCCUCUUUACGUCCUUAAGGGUCAUAAAAACACAGUUUGCAGCCUUUCAUCUGGGAAAUUUGGCACAUUAUUAAGUGGAUCAUGGGAUACAACAGCAAAAGUCUGGUUGAAUGACAGAUGUAUGAUGACAUUACAGGGUCACACAGCUGCAAUAUGGGCAGUGAAGAUACUUCCAGAACAGGGAUUAAUGUUGACUGGUUCUGCUGACAAAACUAUAAAACUGUGGAAGGCAGGCAGAUGUGAAAGAACAUACACCGGACAUGAAGAUUGUGUGAGAGGUUUAGCUAUUCUCAGUGAAAUGGAGUUCCUUUCCUGUGCUAAUGAUGCUAGUGUUCGAAGAUGGCAGAUCUCUGGCGAGUGUCUGCAGGUGUAUUAUGGACAUACAAAUUACAUAUACAGCAUUUCUGUCUUCCCUCGAUGUAAAGAUUUUGUAACAACUGGAGAGGAUAGAUCUCUUAGAAUCUGGAAACAAGGGGAAUGUGCUCAAACAAUCAGACUCCCAGCUCAGUCUGUGUGGUGCUGCUGCGUCUUAGACAAUGGUGACAUCGUAGUUGGUGCAAGUGAUGGAAUUAUAAGGGUGUUUACAGAGUCCUUGGAACGUACAGCAAGUGCUGAAGAGAUUCAGGCUUUUGAAAAUGAGCUUGCUCAAGCAUCCAUUGACCCUAAAACUGGUGAUUUAGGAGAUAUCAAUGCUGAUGACCUUCCUGGAAGAGAACACCUUAAGGAUCCUGGAACAAGAGAUGGACAGACACGGCUUAUUAAAGAUAAUGGGAAAGUAGAAGCAUAUCAAUGGAGUGUAAGUGAAGGAAGAUGGAUAAAGAUCGGUGAUGUUGUUGGUUCUUCUGGAGCCACACAACAAACGUCUGGAAAACUUUUAUUUGAAGGAAAGGAAUAUGACUAUGUUUUCACCAUUGAUGUAAAUGAAAAUGGGCCUUCCUACAAACUGCCAUAUAACAUCACUGAUGAUCCCUGGCUGACUGCAUACAACUUCCUGCAAAAGAAUGAUUUAAAUCCUAUGUUUCUGGAUCAGGUGGCCAAGUUUAUUAUGGACAACACUAAGGGGCAAACACUGUUCAGUACAAGUAAUCAAUUUUCAGAUCCAUUUACAGGUGCUGGACGUUAUGUUCCAGGCUCUUCAUCUGGAUCAAGUGCAAUACCUGGAGCAGACCCAUUUACAGGAGCUGGUCGGUACGUUCCUGGUUCAGCAUCAAACACAGUUCCUCCAGUGGGCGGGGUUGAUCCAUUUACAGGAAUGGAUGCCUACCAGUCAGCUGCAGCUAAAGUUGAAAAUAUUUAUUUUCCGAAGAAAGAUGCGGUCACCUUUGACCAGGCCAAUCCUACACAGAUACUGGGCAAAUUAAAGGAACUUAAUGGCAGUGCAGCUGAAGAACAUAAGCUUACUGAAGAUGACUUGAUAAUCCUAGAAAAGUUACUGUCUGCAACAUGCAACACCUCUACGGAAACACCUACAGCACAGCAACUUCAGACUUUAUGGAGAGCAAUUAACUGGCCAGAAGAUAUUGUCUUUCCAGCGCUAGACAUUCUUAGAUUGUCUGUCAGGCAUCCCACUGUGAAUGAAAACUUCUGCAGUGAAAAGGAGCAUGUACAGUUUAUCAUCCUUCUUCUUAAAUUUCUGAAUCCUAAAGGCAAACAAGCAAACCAGCUGUUGGCACUUAGAGCUCUUUGCAAUUGUUUUGUCAGCCAUGCAGGCCAGAAGCUCAUGAUGGAACAGAGAGAUGAAAUAAUGACACAAGCAAUAGAAACAAAAUCAGGCAAUAAUAAGAACAUCCACAUUGCACUGGCCACACUGACAUUGAACUAUGCUGUAUGUUUACAUAAAGUCAACAACGUUGAGGGCAAAGCUCAAUGUUUAUCAGUAAUCAGCACAGUUAUGGAAGUUGUUCAAGAUCUUGAAGCUAUUUUUAGACUGCUUGUGGCUCUUGGGACGCUAAUCAGUGAUGAUACAAAUGCUGUGCAAUUAGCUAAGUCUCUGGGAGUUGAUUCUCAAAUAAAAAAGUAUGCCUCUGUAUCAGAACCAGCUAAAGUAAAAGAAUGUUGUAGGUUUGUUCUUAAUCUGUUAUAAUAAUUUUCCUAGCACUUGGAAGACAGUGUAUGCAGAAAAAAAGAUGCUUUUGUUCAUAUUUUAUGACAGACUAUACUUGGGGAAAAUACUGUGGAUUAAUUACACUUGUUGCAAGAUACAGAGCAAAUAAAACUUUUUUCACUGCUUGUCA